AACACCCUAAGAACAAACAUUUAUUUAGUUUAGUGUGAAAAAGAGAAGCGUGAUUGGAGAAUGAAGAAGAGUGAAAGCGAAGCAGCAGAGUAUUUCAGUAAGGAUUUCGAAUGGGAAGAACUUAGAUCAGAGGUUGAAUCAAACCCUUCUCUUCGCCACCACUUCCAAUCAUUUUCUCAUUCUUCAACACAAUCACCUGAAUCAGACGUUCAAGCAUGGAAGCAAUUUCAUACCCGUCACUCCUCCGGCAAAUUCUUCAAGGUCCCUUUUCUACUCUUUACACCUCUCCCAUUCACUUCACUCACCCCUCCUCCCUCAUUUCAUUUUCAGGAGAGACGCUAUUUGUUAAAGGAGUUCCCUCAAUUACUUUCCUCCUCUCACCCAAACUCCAUACCUCAGAAGCUCUUGGAAGUUGGUUGCGGCAACGGAAGCACCAUUCUUCCUAUUCUCAGGGCCAACAAGGAUAUUGUUGUUUAUGCAUGCGAUUGUAGUGAUGAGACUCUUGCGAAAGCUAAGGAAAUUAUCAAUGAAAAUUCCAAUGCAGUUGACUCCUUUAACAUUCGUUUUCAUCCAUUUUGCUGUGAUUUUUCAACUACUGGAUUCCCAAAUUGGUUGGCAUGCAACCCUUGCAGAGAUAAUUUUUUGCAGAAGCAAUCAUAUUAUUUUUCAGACGUUAAAGAUGAUAAAGGAAUGCAUCUUAGGGAUUCAUGUUCAUCGGAAGAAAUUGACUGUUGUAUUGGAGGAGUAGAUUUUAUAACAUUGAUAUUUACUUUAUCAGCAGUACCGUUGGAAAGGAUGCCGAGGUCCAUCGAGGAAUGUUUUACUGUGUUGAAGCCCGGAGGCAUGGUUUUAUUUAGGGACUAUGGCCUCUAUGAUAUGACUAUGCUUCGAUUUGAACCAGACAAGAGAGUAGGAUUCAGGGAAUACAUGCGGUCAGAUGGAACACGAUCAUAUUUCUUUUGUUUGAAUACUGUCCGAAGCCUAUUUUUGGGUGCAGGCUUCAUUGAGCUUGAGCUUGAUUAUUGCUGUGUUAAGUCCGUGAAUCGACGGAAAGGGAAGAGCAUGCAAAGAGUGUGGGUUCAUGCGAAGUUCCAGAAGCCUGUGCUGAGUUAGUUGUCAAUGAUUUCUCUCGUUGUGCUAUAUGAUAUCUGAUUUGCGUUUACCUUGAUCAUUGUUUAGUCACACUGAAGCUUAGAAAAGAGAGACAGGUAGUAAACAAACAAGUAAAGAUUGUUGUUUCUGCAUUGCUUCCUAAAUUUUGAUGUGAUCUAAAAUGUUUAUUAUUGGAAAAGAUAGGGGCAUCAGACACCUGUGUGGCUGCAAAUUGACUGGACUGGCUACAUAGGUCAUAAUACUGACCGGAUAUCUUUUAAAUACUUUACUAAAUGCUCCUCCGUUUUAUUAACGAGACCGUUUCUUUUUUAA